AUGCUAUCGCUCGCCUCAAUCGCGAGCUUGGCUGCCCUGGCUCCGUCGGCCUAUGCUGCAUUGACCCGCACGCCGUGUCCUCUGCUUUACGUCGGCCAGCCGGCGCCGUCCCAACUGGAAACCGUGGGCAGCAGCUACGUCAAGGACGCCAUCAACAGCACCGAGCUGCAGGUCCUGGCCGCAUCCAACGGGCUCCUCCCAUACGGCCAGUACGAGUCCAACACGACGGCCUUUGCUGCCCAGGUCUACUCAGUGGCAUCGGGCGAGCCGCUGUUCACCUUCCGCUACAACCCGCCCGGACUGGUGGCUGCACACACCGUGGGCGUGACCGACAUUGCCACCGAUACGGUCUUCCGUCUGGGCAGUGUGUCGAAGCUGUGGACCGUCUACGUCUUCUUGAUUGCGGCCGGUGACCGCUCGUGGAGCGACCCUAUUACAGACUAUGUUCCGGAGCUCGCGGCCUUGGUGGCGGCGGACGGCGACACGACCGACUCGCUGGACCACGUGGACUGGUCGUCUGUGACUGUCGGAUCUCUGGCCAGCCAACUGGGCGGCAUUGCCCGCGAUGCCGCCUACAGCGCCCAGCUCCAGGCGCUUCUUGGCUCGGCUGGCGUGUACAACGCGGGUGGCUUCAACCAGUCGACGUGCGGGGACGACCGGCUCAUGAUUCCGUGCAACCGCACGGCCUUUUUCGAGGACUUUUCCCAGCAGCGGCCCGUCUUCGCGUCGUACGUGUCGCCGGCCUAUUCCAACGCCGCCUUCCAGAUUCUGGGAUACGCCCUCGAGAACAUCACCGGCUCGUCGAUGCCGGACCUCUUCGACAAGCAUCUCGUGCAGCCGCUCAACCUCACCGGCACCUACUACACCGUGCCGCCAGAGGACGUCACCGGCCAUGCCAUGAUCCCGUACAACGCCACAUACAGCUGGUGGAACGCCGACGCCCUGGACGAGACCGUUGCCGGCGGGUUUUAUAGUACGCUGGACGACAUGCGCAAGGUUGGCAUUGCCAUGCUCCGAUCGGCGCAGCUGUCGCCCGUGCAGACACGGCGCUGGCUCAAGCCGCACUCGUUCCUCGCCGAUCCCAACGCCGCCGUCGGUGCGCCCUGGGAGAUUAUGCGCGCGCCCGACAGCCCCGGCGCGCCCGUUAGCUGGAUGUACACCAAGGCCGGCGACCUGGGCCUCUACUCGUCCAUGGUCGCGCUGCUGCCGGAGCUGGGGCUGGGCUUCAACGUGCUGAGCGCCGGCACCGACACCACCAACACCGUGCGCAUCGUGUCGGACGUUCUGGCCAGCACCUGGGUUCCCCAGAUCCGCGCUGCUGCGCGGGCCGAGGCCGCCGCCAACUACGCCGGCCGAUACGCUGACACGGCCACCAAUUCGAGCUUCACGGUCGUCGCCGACGGCAGCGAGCCCGGCCUGGCCGUGACGGAAUGGAUGUACGGUGGGCUUUCCGUGCUGGAUCUGCUGGGGCAGCUCGAGGGCAUAAGCACCAACGCGUCGCUGUCGCAAAAGGUCGUCAUGAACCUGUACCCGAGCGGUCUGACGCGGGCCUCGGCGGACAGCAGCUGCAAGAACAACAAAAACGAGGCAGAGGUUGGAUGGCGCGCCACGUUUCAAGUGCUGCCCGCACCGCUCGACGCCGGCCCCUUUUCAGCCAGGUGCAUCGCCUGGGAAGUGGUGUCGCAGCUGGUGUACGGCGGCGUGGCGCUCGACGAGUUUGUGUUCACCGUCGACGCCAACGGCAAGGCUGUGUCGCUGUCGCCGCGUGUUCUGGCGCAGACACAGACGCGCACUGCGACGGCAUCGAAGCGGUGGUCGCGCAACGGUGCCGUUCUGAAGCGGGAUGGAGACGUCGAUGUCGGCAAGCAGAACCAUUGA